CCUGUGUUCAUUGGAGUAGGCAGGCACGACGAGAAUGAAGUGCAAACCGCCGUCGAGUUACUUUUCCUUGACAUUUUGCUCUUUUUAAUAUAAAAUUAAACCUACUAAUCGACAGCUACCCAAGUAUUUAAUAAAUAAAGGUGAAAUGCAGGUCAAAUAACCUUGGUGAGCGCACCGGACUUCCGGGAGAACCGUAAAAACCGUCAGACUGCGACAUUUCCUCCAUAUGUUACCCUGAGGUUUCGACCCAGUGACCGGUAACCAAACGUAAAAUCAUCCACCAGAGGUCGGUUUGGGCAGAGGGUUGUCAAGUCAUUACACAAUACACAUCGUUUGAAAGCGGCUUUACAGAGAAUCAUGCUGUAAUGACUAAUGAUUUAAAUGUCUUAAAGUACCCAUUGAUCAGUUGUCCCUAUGGAGAGAUCCCUGUCCUGGGCCAGUAGUCCCCUUGAGGAAGGGCCUUACCAAGAACGUUGUGUUGACCCAGAGGAGAUUGAGAUCCAGCAUCUUGGAGGAUGCCACAAAGUCAAUCACAAAGAUGCAAAUGGAAACACUACGGGGCCAGAGACUGUAAAAUUUCUUCCCGUCAAAGAAGAGCCAGUGUCGGGGACCUGUACGUGUGGACCUUGCACAUCUGUGGCAGGAUGCAGGAAGCUCUUUUGUAGCGUCUUGACUUGUGGAUUGUACCGCGUAUGCCAGCGUUUGCCCUGUCUGGUUUCGAGUGACAGUUCACCUGUCAACGUACAAGUGGAGGAGUCUUUUAGAUCUCCAAAUGAUGAGAACGGAUUCUAUUCUGACAUCCGUAUUGGAGGUGUCAAGGUGGAUACAUCAGUCAUUGAAGACGAUGAAGAGCACCUCUCAUUUUCCACCUCUAAAAUCGCAAUGGACAGUCCUACCUACUUAAGUGGCUUACCAGAAGACCACUUUAUCGAUGACGACCUGACUAAAGAUGUGGAUAAACUCAUCACACGGAAGCUUAUGGAGGUCUUCUCGGAGUUUGAGAUCAACGAGUUGGCCAAAUGCACCUCAGACUCCAUGUUCCUCCGGCGUUCGCGAGAGAUCAGUCAGCUGAUCUCGGAUAUCGUACAGGAGCACAACAUGGAGGAGCAGGAGGCCAAGGGCAGGCUGGUGCGCGAAAUUAUUCGCAUCAGCACACGCAAGAGCAAGAAGAAGCCGCAGUUCAGGCCUCAGGAGCUGCAACGAGAUAGUGGUAAUGACACAUGGAACAGCAAGAGGAAUAGCCAGAAGAGCAGCUUCAAUUCCAUCAGCAAUGGGAAGCUGCAGAUUUCAAUGGAGAGGUCAGAUGACAUAGAAGCCAGGAAGUUACGCAACAACAGUAACCAGUCAUACUCUCCAAGUUUCCAGGAAACGGGUGUGCCAGUCACAUCUGACAUUCCUUUACUCAACAGUAUACGAACGUGAGAGUGUCCCCAUUAAACCAAUCACAGUUGACAUUUCCAAACCCUCUAUGAAGAAGAUGUCCUCUGUCUUGGUGUCAGUGGAUCAUUUUGAAGUAACCCUUAGUGGUUGAGAUCCCAUGGUCAGUCUUUGGGCUUUUUAAAAUGCAACUCAUGACUGGAUUGUAGUUAUCCCGUGCCAUUUGUAUUUCAACAUUGCUUUCCAUCAAGCAACUCAAUUUGCUUGAGUUGCUGAGAAUGAAGUUUGAAAUGGUCUUUAUAGCUAACAGAUGGAUACAUACUGUAGAACCAUGAUAGUCAUAAUAGACCAGAUUCUUUUCCUUUUAACUCUCUUUUCUCAGUUCUUUGAUGAAUAAAUGCUAACAUGAUGACUGUAUUCGGAAGAUGUUAAAGCUCAAGUCAAAUUCUGUGUAGUAGGAAGUUAUGUUAGACUAAAAUAAAUACUUUGAGCCAGAAUGAAUGUUGAUGCAUGCUGAAUGCAUAAAGAAUGUGAGGUGUUUAGAGAAGUGCCUGUCUCUAUGCUUAUUUAAAUGUACAUAAAAAGCUACAUGAACUCUUCACUUGCCAUAUGCAGAGUCUAGAGGAGUGUGGCAGACAAGCCUCUUGUUCAUUGGGAAAGGAGGAAGCAGAAACCGGGUUCACAAUUAACAAGACUUUAAUUAUAACAUAAACACUGAACUGGAACAUAACAACAGAUGGCAAUGACACAUACACAGAUCCAUGUGUGUCUAUCUCUCUCACUGGCAUCCCUGGCUCCUCUUAUCUCUCUUCCGCUUAUUGUGCACCCUCACGGCCCGGCCACGCAAAUUGCUUAUUUGUGUAAUUUAUUAAUUAAAUGUACACUUUAAUGUAAAUUUCACUUUUGCAAGACUAAUUUGUUAGUAAAAGCUUUAUGUAAAAUCUU